UCCGCGGCCACAUGUGAACCACAAUCACCGCCUCCCCCCUUCUCUCUCUCUUCCGGUCGUCAACCCCACAAACAUUAUAUGUCCUUCGUCAACUGCAAAGGAACCCCCGCCACUGUUCUUUUGCCCCUCUCUCUCUCCUCUGUUUCAAGAGAAAAGGUUUAUUGUCUGUCAUUCUAUGGCGGAUUCCUCCGCCCUCUGUUGUUCUUCUCUUUCCUCCUGUUCGCGAAGCUUUGCCAAUCCCAAACCAUUCUCCUCUUCUCAAUUGUCCUCUUCCUGCUUUCUUAGAUUGUUUCCAGGACCUCUCAAACCCUCUCUCCUCUUCAGAAGCUCUGCAAAGGACAAUGAUGGAGAUGAUUGGAUUGGAGAUGAUCACUUUCGCUACCCCUGGGAGAAGGAACCGUCUCUCUCUGAUAAUGAUAUUCAGUGGGUACAAUGUGACAGAGUAACACUGUUCACUGCAGAUGGACUUGUGAACAUAGGAGGCUCUCUAAUUCCUCAGCGAGUUCAGUCUUCAGAUAAGAAGCUUGGAAAAGGAAAGGCCUCACCAAGAUUCCAGCGUUUCCAGGAAAGGGACUACAUGGACCCCAAGCAGGGUCUCUGUCUGGGCGCACUUUUUGAUAUUGCAGCGACGAAUGGACUGAAUAUGGGAAGGCGAUUUUGCAUCUUUGGGUUCUGCCGUUCCAUUGAGAUGCUGAGUGACGUUGUUGAAGAUGCCGUAAUAGAACAUGGUGGAGAGAAAAUCCACCAGAGAAGAAACCUGUUGAAAUGUCCUGAGGACCCCACGGUGUCAAUCUUCACUGUUCAUCAUCUAUGAUUCCAUUUGGUCUACCAUAUCCCAUACAACAAUGGUGUAUGCUAUGGUUGUGACAACAGAAAAAGCAAGUGAAGGAGGGUUGCAGGAGAAAUUGACUAUGACGGUAGCGGUUCCAUUGUUAUGGGGUGUUCCGCCUGCCUCCGAGUCGCUCCAUGUGGCUGUACGAAGCGGGGGAGGAAUAGUGGAGAAGGUUUAUUGGCAGUGGGACUUCUUUUAAUCAACCCCACCCCCAAAUUCCACUCUCUGCAUUCUGCGUGUAUAUAAUGUAGUCUGAUCUCAUUUGAAUCACCCAUUCUAUUGUUCCUUUCCCCAUCAUGAAUUCAAAAGGUAAAGACUCGAAGUUAAUGUACAUGGAUGGGUUCUUGAAGGUCUUAAUUGAUCUGUUCAAUUAUGUACGCUCACAUAUCACAACGUAAAAUAUAUUUCUUUGGACUGUGAAGAAA